AUGAGGGUUCUGCUACUUUUAGGGUCCCUGCUGGUGAGCCUGGAGCCAGCACUUUUGACUCCACCUUGGAAAGGUCCGAAAGGGCACAAGCAUGAAGUGGGUGAGCACAAGCAUGAAGUGGUUCUCACUGUCACUGGGGAGCCCUGCUAUUUCCCCUUCCAGUACCACCGGCAGCUGCACUACAGAUGUAUCCGCAGUGGCAGGCCCGGGUCUCGGCCCUGGUGUGCUACCACCCCGAACUUUGAGCAGGACCAGCAAUGGGCCUACUGCCUCCAGGAGCCUAAGAAAGUGAAAGAUCACUGCAGCAAACGAAGCCCCUGCCAGAAGGGAGGCACCUGUGUGAACACGCCCACCGGCCCACACUGCCUCUGUCCGGAGCACCUCACCGGGAAGCACUGCCAGAGAGAGAAGUGCUUUGAGCCUCAGCUCCUGCGCUUCUUCCAUGAGGAUGAGACGUGGUACAAACUUGGACCUGAGGGCGUGUACAAGUGCCACUGCAAGGGUCCCCAAGGUCACUGCAAGCCGCUGACCAGCCAGGCCUGUCGCACCGAUCCGUGCCUCAACGGGGGCCGCUGCCUGCAGGCGGAAGGACGCAGUCUGUGCCACUGCCCCGAGGGCUAUGCAGGUCCCAUCUGCGAUGUGGACACUAAGGCCAACUGCUACACUGGCCGUGGGCUCAGGUACCGGGGCGUGGCCGGGACCACCCUCUCGGGCGCAUCCUGCCAGUCGUGGGCCGCGGAGGCCACCUACUGGAACGUGUCCGCAGAACAAGAGUUGAGCUGGGGGCUAGGUCGCCACGCUUUCUGCCGGAACCCCUUCAAUGACAUCCGUCCGUGGUGCUUCACCUUAAGCGGGGACCGACUGAGCUGGGAGUAUUGUAACCUGACACAGUGUCAGGCUCCAGCUAACGCAGCGCCCCCAAUCCCCCGUCCCACCUGGAUGUCCCUAGAACGUCAGGAUCUGCCCGUGCCCCUGCCUUCGGUCUUUCAAGGUCCUCAGCCUACGACCCAGAGCUCAGGUUGGCGGGUCCCGGAAUCGCAAACUCUGCAGCCCACGGCGGGCACUGUAGAUUGCGGGCAGCGGCUGCGGAAACGGCUGUCUUCUCUGACUCGCGUCGUUGGCGGACUCGUGGCGCUGCCUGGCGCGCACCCCUACAUCGCCGCGCUGUACUGGGGCAACAACUUCUGCGCAGGCAGCCUCAUCGCCUCCUGCUGGGUGCUGACCGCCGCGCACUGCCUGCAGAACCGGCCAGACCCUGAGGAGCUGACGGUGGUGCUGGGUCAGGACCGCCACAACCAGAGCUGUGGGCAGUGCCAGACGCUGGCCGUGCGCGCCUACCAGUUGCACGAGGCCUUCUCGCCCACCAACUAUCAAAACGACAUAGCCCUGCUGCGCCUGCAGGAGAGCGCGGACGGCAGCUGUGCGCACCCAUCGCCCUACGUCCAGCCCGUGUGUCUGCCGAGCAGCGCCGCACCACCCGCCGAGGCCGAGGCUACGCGCUGCGAAGUGGCCGGCUGGGGCCACCAAUUUGAGGGAGCCGAGGAAUACGCCAGAUUCCUGCAGGAGGCGCGCAUGCCUCUCAUCCCGCUGGAGCGCUGCUCCGCCCCCGAAGUGCACGGAGCCGCCCUCGCCUUGGGCAUGCUCUGCGCGGGCUACCUGGAGGGAGGCACCGACGCUUGCCAGGGUGACUCUGGAGGUCCGCUGGUGUGUGAGGACCCCGCCAUGGAAAACCGGCUCAUCCUGCGGGGUGUCAUCAGCUGGGGCUCUGGCUGUGGCGACCGCAACAAACCCGGUGUCUACACUGAUGUGGCCAACUACCUGGGCUGGAUCCAGGAGCACACUAUUUCCUGA